AUGAAUAUUAUAAUUAUGACAAUGCAGUGCCUCAUCAGCCUUUGCUCACUGUUUGCUGCAAUGAUUGUCAGUUUUGGUCCUGCUUCGCUGAAACCCCUGGUCUCCCGCUACCAAAAAUGGGGGUUCGGUCGAAUCGCGCAGGCCGCCGGCCACUGGCUCGUCUUUGUAGCUACGCUUGCAGGCAUCAUGGUCCCCUUUCUGGCUUUCUUUGCGUCCUGCAUCGCCUUUGUUUCUUCAAUCCCGCCCUUAUUGGCUGCGCUUACAUUGAAAACACCGCGUGCGUGGACGCUGCCAGCUAUUCUGCUCAUUGCACCGUGUAUAGUCGCCAUCGCACAGCCCCUGGGACUAAAAGUGCUUGCACUUCCCAAAGCUGAUGACCUACGUUUUAACCCUGUCCUUUCGCGUGUCAUCAAGACGUAUGAUGAAGGCUGCUGGUUCGAAGGGAUUGCUGCGGGAGACGAUGGAACACUUUAUCUUUCGGGUAACCGCGGCCUGGAUUUUUCCAGGACCGAUUACUAUCACGACGCGAAGGGUGAACUGAUUGCAAGGAAGCCAGACGGCAGCGAGCACGUCAUCUUCAGGACGCCGGGGGGGCUUAGCGCUGGCGUACCUGUAGUAGCAGCUGACAACACGAUUUAUCUGACCAGUCAUGGCGACAGCUCAUUUAUUUGGCACCUGGAUAGCAUGGGUAAAGUCAUGGAAAGGGUUAAAUUACCUAAAGCUGCCUGGCCCAAUGGAUUGGCAAUGGGGCCUGACGGUAUGCUGUAUUCAGCGGAUAGCUUCCUGGGUGUCAUUUGGCGGGUAGCUACUAAAACCGGACAUAUAGAAGAAGCGUUGCGGGACCCUGCUCUUUUGGCCCGGCCUUUCAUUGCGCUCGCACCGGGAGCCAAUGGCCUUCACUUCAACAACCGGGAUCUACUGGUAACUGUUUCGGAUCGUACGACCGUCCUCCGGUAUAGCCUGGACGAUCAGGGGCAUUUCGGCACGGGCGCAGUCAUCACGCGCGGGAUUCCUGGUGACGACUUCGCGAUGGGUAAAGAUGGCUCCCUUUUCAUUACCACGCAUCCUUACAAUACAGUGGUGCGGGUUUCACCAGGCGGUGCGCGCACGAUCAUUGCAGAGCAGGCGCAAAACAUUACUGGUGCCACCGAUGCUGUUUUCGGAAAGACCGGCAAGGACCGGGAUAUACUGUAUGUCGUUACGGAUGGCGGUGCAUUCAACGCAGGGAAAAAAACGCGCGGAAAUUUGAUAGCGCUUGCACCCUACAGCAGACAGUAA